AUGGCCACCUCAUCGAUGGUCAGUCUGAAUGUGACUCUGCUGGACAAGGGCCAGAGCUUAGCCGUGGGCGGCCGUGCAUCGUUGGACACCUGUGUUUGGGCUCUUGGGCAACAAGUUGGGAUGUUAAAGUUGACCACCUCGCCCCAGAGCAAUUUCGGAUACAUCUUCAGAAGUUCUGGUGGCAUGUGGAAGAGCAACCAACAUCCCAACCUGACCUUGGCAGACACAGGAGCAACGAGAACCGGUGAUUGGGUCCAAUUCACGGGCGACUUUGACGCCUUCACUCCUCUGGCCGCUAUGAAGCCCUCGGCCCCUCCUACACCUUCCACCGCGCCAUCAUCACCUCCCACAAUUCCUGCGCCACCCCCCCUUGCUCCUGCACUAUCCCCAACCUGCCCUAGCUCAAUAGAGCUGAGGCUAACCAUUGAUGCGGUGACCAAGAGUGUAACAAAGAUUUGCAGAGCAAGCCUUGACAAGAGCGUUUGGGAUUUCGGGAAAGAAGUGGGCACGGCUAUGCUGUCCAGUCCAGUUUCCCAUGGCUGUGUCUUCAGCCAUGCCGGGCAGUAUUGGAGAAGCAGCCAGCAUCCCAACCUAACCUUUGCCGAAGCGGGAGUGCGCCGCAGUGGCGAAUCCGUCACUUUCACGCCAGACUAUCAACCUUCGUCCCCCCCGCAAUCAAGCCCGGAAGUAGAGGUCACUGUUUGCUUUCUGGGCAAGAGCCGGAGCUGGACCGAAACAGGACGGGCAUCACUUGACAAGUGUGUCUGGGCCUUUGGUGCAGAAAUGGGCAUGCGGAGGUUGACUACGGGGCCGUUAUCGAAGUAUGGAUAUGUGUUCAGGUUUGGUGGGAGUGAGUGGAGAAGCAAUCGAAAUCCCGACUUGACUCUGGCUGAUGUUGGGGUGAAGAAUGGUGACUCUGUUGACUUCCUUGGCGACUUUGAGCCACCGAUUGAAGGAGGCCAACCGAUUCCGGUGGUGGAGUUGCAUGUCACCCUUACUGGCAAGGACAAGAGUGAAACCACGACCCACAAGACCACACUGGACAAAGGUGUCUGGAGAUUCGGUGAGGAGCAAGCUGGGGUCCGCAACCUCAUGACCAGUUCGCUGUCCCACUUCGGAUACGUCUUCCGCUUUGGGGAGCAGGCUUGGCGCAAGGGCCACCAUCCGGGUCUGACCUUGGCUGAGGCAGGCGUGAAGGAUGGAGAUGCGGUUGAGUUUACAGGAGACUUCGAGCCGCUUUAA